AUGCUGGCGUUGAGGCUGCUCUUAGCCUUCGCGCUCCCCUUGAUCUCAGCGCUGAAAUUCGACAUCCAAGCCCACCCGGGCCACGAGUCCGCGAGCAAGGAACGCUGCAUUCGGAAUUUCGCUGGAAAUGGUCAAUUGGUCGUCGUGACUGCGACUGUUAGUGGCAGCCGGGGAGAUGGACAGACAUUGAACAUGCACAUCAAGGACGCUAUCAAUAACGACUACCACCGUCCCCGGGACGUCGUCGGCGAGAACCGCUACGCAUUCACAUCACAUGCCGACAGCCCUUUCGACAUUUGUUUCGAGAACAUCAUCACAGGCCACACCAAUGUCGGAGCCCCGUAUCGAACAGUAGAGCUCGAUGUGGACGUCGGAGCCGACGCCAAGGACUGGACUUCCAUUCAGGCGGACGAGAAGUUGAAGCCGAUCGAGGCCAGCCUCAAGCGCAUCUCCGAGGUGGCGAAGGAGAUUGUGGAUGAGAUGAACUACCUCAAGGAGCGCGAGAUGAUGCUCCGCGAUACAAACGAGAGCACGAACACACGAGUCAUGUAUUUCGGCAUUGGAACGAUGGGGAUGUUGGUCGCACUGGGCGUCUGGCAGAUCGUUUACCUACGGGCGUACUUCAGGAGCAAGCAUUUGAUUUGA